CAGCGUCGGUCUGGUUGGCAAUAGAUUCUCUGAAGUCCAUUUUCUGGUGGCUGGUGUGAACGUGAGAAGAAACACGCGUUACUGAGAGCUCUGGUUGUGAGACGGCUAGGUCAGGAGAAAAAAGUGACUCCAGGGUGGUGCUAUCGUGUCUCAAUUUGCUUUCCAUUUACAGCAGAAGAAAACUAGUUUUGGAAAUUUCGAUCAUAUUGAAUAAAUGGUUUCCGCGUCAUCUUUUUGGCUGCAAAAGGAUACUCUAUAGAAAUCGCUUCAGGAUGUUAGGUAAAACAUUUCCGAUUAAUGCCUUUGUUUUAACUUCUAUUGACCUCAUCAUCUUCCAGCCUCCCCUGUGACAAUGGAGCAAUCAAGCUUACAAGUCCAAGCGGAAACACGCCACGCUGCUGAAGAAGCAGGCGUCAGUAUUAGCAGACCAAAAACUUCGAGCAGCUUAAGGAACAGCGCAGAUGGUCAUAGUGAUGCCAUGCCAUCCAAUAAGAGGAGAAACAAAAUCCCACGCUCUGCCCCAGACAGGUUUGCGUCAGAUUAUGGAGAAAGAGGAAGAACUAUCCAAGCCCGAAUUAAAACCUCUUCGUUCUUUGCAAAUACUUUUUUAUCUUUCCAUGCAAUCUCGAAUUCAGCAUCUCUUUUUUCCUGUUGCAGAUAGUAAUGAGGUCAAGGCAGACAGGAAGAAGGAAGCAGAAUCUAAAAGUUCGAGGAGUACUGAACAGUCUUUUGGGCAGAAUGAUGCUGAUGAAGGAGUAAAGAAACAAGAUGGUUUUCGCAGUUCGAACAAGGAAGGAGUAACAAAGGUUGCAUCGCAGGGAUCGCCAACGGGUCAACAAGAUGGCAUUGGUAGAAGCAGCGCAAAUGGAAAGGUCAAAGAGUUCAUUAUUAUCUUCAAUCAGAAAGCUGCUUUGAAACCUAAAGUUGACGUUCGACCUCAAGUUCGUAAAUCCUGGAAAACGACAUCGUGGAAUCAUCAUGUCCAUCACAAGUUUGGAAUUCUUGUCGACUUUUAACGAGGAUGAACUGGAAUAACGCGAGAGGUGUACUGUCUUGUUGCAGGAA